AUGGCAGUUGCGGCGGCGGCGGCGCGGCUGCGGCUCACGGUGCGGGCAGCGAGGGCCAUGCAAGCCGGAGGCUUCGGCUGCGCACAGCCCGCUCACUACAGCUCGAGCGAGGGCGCCAUCAGGGAGGCCGGCGGGACCUUCGCGAAAAAAGAGAAGGCCGAAGAGGAACGAUACUUCCGAGAGCGGACUAAAGAACAACUGGCAGCCUUGAAGAAACACCAUGAAGAGGAGAUCCAGCAUCAUAAAAAGGAGAUUGAACGUCUGCAGAAAGAAAUUGAGCGGCACAAGCAGAACAUCAAGAAACUGAAAGAUGGUGGUGAUUAA